GAAUCACUUGUCAGCGCUCGUCUGAGGCAGAGGCAGCGCCGCGCCGGACUCGAGUUUCUUUCAUUUUCUGGGAUUGGACUUUGAGCUAUUAGAGCCAUGAGCAACUACAGUGUGUCCUUGGUUGGCCCAGCUCCUUGGGGUUUCCGGCUGCAAGGUGGCAAGGAUUUCAACAUGCCUCUGACAAUCUCUAGUCUCAAAGAUGGUGGCAAAGCAUCCCAGGCAAAUGUAAGAAUAGGCGAUGUGGUUCUCAGCAUUGACGGAAUAAGUGCACAUGGAAUGACUCAUCUUGAAGCCCAGAACAAAAUUAAGGGCUGUACAGACUCUUUGAAUAUGACUCUGCAAAGGGCAUCUGCUACACCCAAGCCUGAGCCAGUUCCCGUGCAGAAGCCCACAGUCACCAGCCUGUGUUCCGAGACUGCUCAGGAGCUAGCAGAGGGGCAAAGAAGAGGAUCCCAGGGGGACAUUAAACAGCAAAAUGGGAAAACCCCACCUAAACGCCCACCAAGAAAACACAUUGUGGAGCGCAAUACGGAGUUUUAUCACAUACCAACUCAUAGUGAUGCCAGCAAGAAGAGACUGAUGGAGGACACCGAAGACUGGCGUCCAAGGACUGGAACAACUCAGUCUCGUUCUUUCCGAAUCCUCGCCCAGAUCACUGGGACUGAACAUCUGAAAGAGUCGGACACUGAAAAUACAAAGAAGGCAAACAACACCCAGGACACUUCUCAGCAGUUGGCUCCAUCAGUAGCUUCAGCACGGAGCAUGCCUGAGAGGCGGGAGAGCCCAGCCUCCACCAGACCAGGGGUGACUGGUCUCACAACUGCUGCCGCCUUCAAGCCUCCAGGAUCCACCAACAUUGUCAAGUCACCAAGUUGGCCACAGCCAAACCAAGCAGCGCUUUCCACUGGAAGAAUCUCAAACAGUGGAACUUUGUCAGGAGCAGCAGCACCAGCCAGCUCAGCCAGGGGACAGCCCCAGCCAGGUGACCAGGACACUUUAGUGCAAAGAGCUGAGCACAUUCCAGCAGGGAAAAGAACUCCAAUGUGUGCCCACUGUAACCAGGUCAUCAGGGGACCAUUCCUAGUGGCACUAGGGAAAUCUUGGCAUCCAGAAGAAUUUAACUGUGCUCACUGCAAAAAUACAAUGGCCUACAUUGGAUUUGUAGAGGAGAAGGGAGCCCUGUACUGUGAGCUGUGCUAUGAGAAAUUCUUUGCUCCUGAAUGUGGGCGAUGCCAAAGGAAGAUCCUCGGAGAAGUCAUCAAUGCUCUGAAACAAACUUGGCACGUUUCCUGUUUUGUGUGUGUGGCCUGUGGAAAACCCAUUCGUAAUAAUGUUUUUCAUUUGGAGGAUGGUGAACCCUACUGUGAGACUGAUUAUUAUGCCCUUUUUGGUACCAUAUGCCAUGGAUGUGAGUUUCCCAUAGAAGCUGGCGACAUGUUCCUGGAGGCCCUGGGCUAUACCUGGCAUGACACUUGCUUUGUAUGCUCAGUAUGUUGUGAAAGUUUGGAAGGUCAGACCUUUUUCUCCAAGAAGGACAAGCCACUUUAAUGGAUGAAAGCCCAUGAUCCCACUAAGUUAAAAAUAUCAAUGUGUCUGGGGCAAGGUGCUUUCAAAGUUGAGACAGAACCCCAAGUCCUCCCUGCCCCGUAACUCAUGAACGACUUCAUUUCCAUUGUGCGCAUGUUUGUUGUAGAGGGAGGUUUUAGGCUCUAAUAUUUGUUUAACCUCCCUAAGAACUUUUCAAGGCAUCUGUACUGAAAGCUGUUAAUUUAUGGUCUAGCAGAUUUAUAUUAUAUGCAGAUAAUAACUAACUGGGAAUCAAAGCAUGAGAAGGGUCACGUGAAGUGGCUUCACCAGUAGCAACCCUGAACUACCUCCUCACCCUGCAUCUGUAGGGAGGCAGGAAGUUUUACUUUUGAAAUAAAGUCCUGGAACUGAAUUGUGCCCUCUUUCUCAUUGCUGCUGAAACCACCCAUAGAGUUCAUGUGGGUUGUCAUAUAGCUUCAUGUCAGUCUCUUGCUUUACAUGAUACAAAAUAAAUUGGUGAUUUUGUUUGGAUAUAGUAGAGA